UUUCUCUUUAUUUGAUCACAAAUCCCUGAACGAGGCGCGAGGACAGAGCGUGUCCGUGUCCUCCGCUCGCUGUCCCUGUCCCUGUCCCCGCACACCGAUCAUAUUCUUGGAUUCUCAUUCACGCGCACGCUGAGGCUCCACGGCUUUGUUUUUCCGACACGCGCUUACCGCAUUUCGCUAAACCCUUGUUUCCUUUUCUUUUUAUUUAUUACUGUAAUUAAUUAUUUAUUUAUUUAUUUAUUUUAACGCGGCCGCCGUUCGCCACCCUUCGCCAAGUAAACUCGAGCCUUCGUCUCUCAAGCUGCGCGGCAUCAGGAAGUUGCUUUGCCAUAGCCGGAGGGCAUUAAUCCCCUUCUAAAUACCGCAGCGCUGAGGGCCCAGUUGGUGGAACUUCCCACGUGGUUUCAAGUCCCGUAUAAAAAAGUUUCAGUGUAUAGUGGCACAACUUCGAGAUCGCGAGGCAAACUAGAAAGCCGACCCCCCUGAUACGCGUGUAGACCGAACGACAUGUGGACUCUUUUGGCUCGGGAAUAUAACGAACCAAAAUAAAUCCCAGGGAAAGGCGGUAAAGAUCAAAAGUUGAACAAGCGAAACAAAAGUGCGUGAAGAGUGACAGACUGGCAGACAGACAGACAGACAGACAGACGGGCAGGCUCUGGAUAUCCCGAGAGCGGUGGUUUCAAAUUCACUGCGCUUUAUUUUUUUUGGAGAUCUCGUCCGUACGAAGCCUUUGCAUUGGGUCAGUGAACAACUUUAUCAUCUUUUCCCUUCCUCGCUCUCCGUUUCUUUCUUUUUUUUUUUUGUUUUGUUUGCUGUCUUCAGUGAUUUGAUUUUCAUGUUUCACUUCCACCAUGGCAUGACACGUCAGGUUCUGCUUAGACGUGCCAGUCUUCGGUAUAAAAGGGCUGCCGGGGAGAGCCGGGAUUCCGGUCAAGCUUUCGGGCUGAGUUUCACUUUGGAGCUCGAAAAAGCAACUCGUUUGUUUUUGUCCCGAGGAGUCGCAUUGUCGCCUUGUGUCUGCACCUGAUCGGAUUCUUUUUUUUUUUUUUUUCCUGUGGCACUUAAAGUAACCAAAGACUCGAUAGAACCCACCGAGGGGGGCAAUGACCAAGCGAAUGUAAAGGGAUUAUCAUCUCGUGCCUCUAAUCUGUAAUAACUGCACGUAUGGAAGACGCGAUCGCAGCUCCCUGAGCGGACUCUUUGGAUUUGGUGCCCCUACGAACAGCUGAGUCCUUCCUCCGUGGACCAUCUUUGUUAACUUUGGGAUUUCUAUUUCGGAUGCGAUACCCACCUUCUUGUAAUUCAGAGCCCCCGGGCGUUUGUGUGAUUUUUUUUUUGUUUUGCGGCGCAUUCUAGUUUUGCUUAUUUAUUUAUUUAUUAAUUUAUUUAUUUUUUGUAGCCAUGUGCCGUCUGCCUGUCAAAGCGCUUUGCCUUUUGGUGUGCGUAGUCAGCACCACCGGCACACCGGCGCCCGGGACUGAAGCGCAAACGGAGUCUCCGAACACUUGCGCCUCUUGCGGGAUUGGGCAGCCAGAAGAGUCGGGCCGGAUCGACAAGGAUUUUUUGGAAGCGGUGAAACGGCACAUUCUGAACCGGUUACAAAUGAGGGACAGACCCAACAUCACUCAUCCCAUCCCGAAGGCGGCGAUGGUAACCGCGCUGAGGAAGCUGCACGCUGGCAAAGUCAGGGAGGAUGGCAGGGUGGAGAUCCCCAACUUGGACGGGCACGCCACCUCCAAUAACGAGAUCCAGGAGCAGACGUCCGAGAUCAUCAGCUUCGCCGAGGCAGAUGAGCUGGCAUCGUCCAAGUCCAGCCUGUACUUCUUGAUUUCCAAUGAAGGAAACCAGAAUCUCUUUGUCACCCAAGCCAGCCUGUGGCUUUACUUUAAAGUGCUGCCGUCCAACUCGGAGAAGGGCAGCCGGCGGAAGCUGACCGUGAAAGUCUACUUCCAAGAGGCCGCCUUGGCUGGCAAGUGGAACGUGGUGGAGAAGCGGGUGGAGCUGAAGCGCAGCGGCUGGCACACGUUCCCGCUGACGGAAGCCGUUCAGAUGGUCUUUGAGCGGGGCGAGCGGAGGCAGGACCUGGAGGUUCACUGUGAGGGCUGUGAGGAUGCAGCGGUCCUCCCCAUCUUAGUGAACCCCGACGACGAGUCCCACCGGCCGUUCCUGGUGGUCCGGGCUCGGGUGGCCGACAACAAGCAUCGGAUUCGGAAGCGAGGCCUGGAGUGCGACGGAAGGACCAACCUUUGCUGCAGGCAGCAGUUCUAUAUUGACUUUCGCCUCAUCGGGUGGAAUGACUGGAUCAUAGCGCCCUCGGGGUACUACGGGAAUUACUGCGAGGGCAGCUGUCCGGCUUACAUGGCCGGCGUGCCGGGGUCGGCGUCCUCAUUUCACACGGCCGUGGUGAACCAGUACCGGAUGCGGGGGAUGAGCCCGGGCUCCAUGAACUCCUGCUGCAUUCCCACGAAGCUCAGCACCAUGUCCAUGUUGUACUUCGACGACGAGUAUAACAUCGUGAAGAGAGACGUCCCCAACAUGAUCGUGGAGGAGUGCGGCUGCGCUUAGCGAGGACCGGGGAUCACUGGGCGGUCCAGUCAGCCAAUGGGAGAGGAGUAUAAAGAACACAAUAAUAUUUAUGAACAUUUGGGAGAAUAUAUACUUUCAUAUAUAUAUAUAUAUUUAUAUUUGCUAUCUUCCUACACACUCUGCCAAUUUCAGGAUAAUCUUGAUAUACAUUUAUAUAUAUAUUUUUUUCUUUUUUCUCUAUUUGUUUAAAAAAAAGGACAAAAGAAAACGUUUAACUUAAGAUCAUCGUGAUCAGGAUGAUCGGCGAGGACAAUAACGGCUGGAAGGAAUCGAGCAGAUGCUUCGUUGUCUGCGGAUGUUGAAAGCCUUUAUCCCACGGACAUUUUCAAAAUGGAGCGUGGCGGAGCCGUUUACGACAUGGGAGCCUCGCCACUUGGGACCGAUGGACUUUACGGCGUCAGCUCCCGGAGAUCCUCCUUAUGCAAUUUUCAGCACUUCCUGAGAGGAAUGGCGGACGCCUCGGUGAAAUACGACAUACAAUAUGAAAUAUUGUGUCCGUGCCCCCCGUGUUUCCCUGCCUGGGGUCCUCCGGGGGGGGGGCCACUUCUGUCUUAAAUCAACAAAGGACGUCACCUCUAGGGGGCGCAAUCCAGGAAGUGGCGGAAUCAGGGACUUCCCAGCCGCCCCUUCUGAGGUUUUCCUGAGGAGGAAUCCCCCCCAGGGGUCUCGAGGCAGCGCAGGUGUCUCCUGGAAGGACGGCCACACCGCUCAGCUGGCCUUGGCGUAGCGCAGCACCUGCGGACUCCUCGAUGCACGGACUUUAGCACUUGCAGAUCUAAAUGCCUUCAAAAGGGUACUUGAAAAUAAAAUGCACUUACCCUCCCACGCCGUUUCAGUGCCACCACGUGAGCUAUGCAAUCUGACGUACCCACCCACACCCGGCAAACUCCACCUUUUUAUUGUUUUCCUCUUCUCGAUACUUGAAAUGUGAUCAUUCGCUUCUUCUUCCAGGAAAGGCGAUGGUUCUUACAAUGUUUGCACUGAAAAGUUGCGCGAUUAGUUUAAAAAGAAAAAAAAAGAAAGAAAGAAAGAAAGAAAGAAAGAAAGAAAGAAAGAAAGAAAGAAAGAAAGAAAGAAAGAAAGAAAGAAAGAAAGAAAGAAACUGCCAUUGAAAAGAAAAAGAAAAAAAAAAUGAAGUCUUAUUUUUAUAGAUGCAAAUUGAAUUCUGUUCAAAGUGUAUUAUAUACCUAAUAAUGGAACCAAAGAGGCCACUUGGUCCGAUGUCUGCAGAUGGCCGGCCGUCACCGCGCGUCGUGUCGGGUGAGCAGUGCAGAGGCCUACCUGCUCUUUCAGGGUACGAGAUUCUCUGCUCUUUUCUUUGCUUUGGUUUGGCUUUCGAAUUCGACGCCCUAGCAGACCAGACCUUGUCACCAUUGUGUAGAAACUUUGAAUUCUUGCUUCCAUUGUCUUUUUUUAUUUAAAAAAAAAAAAAAAAAAAGUUCUUUGUAGUCCUUGUCGAUGAAUCAUUUUAGUGUCAAUGUCACCUCUGUACAGUUUAUGUAUAAUAAAAAGAAA